CUGUCGAAGACUAGAGCAUCAUCUGAAAGCUGGAGCACCAUGGCCUGUCUCCAGCUGCUCCUCUCGCUGAUGGUCAGCUGCGUGGCGGCGUCCGAACGGCCUCCUCGCCAACUCCCAGCAUGCCAAGUUGUCCAGAUGGAUGUGUUCUGCAGCGAUCUGAGCCUCAGAAGUGCACCGGUCAACCUUCCUCAUGGCGUUCGAAUGCUGGAUCUUUCCCUGAACCAGGUGCAGAAUCUCUCGCAGGAAACACUGGCGUAUCAAAACGGUUUCCACCACCUGAACCUCCGCGCCAACAAGAUCCACUUCAUCCAGCCGGGGCUCUUCAAAGGCAUGACGGAUCUGAGAGUCUUGGAUCUGUCCAGGAAUCAUUUGAAUGUUUUCGCUCACGCCAAAAUCAACAUUGGGCCUCUCACAGCUGUGGAGUCGCUCGAUCUGUCGAACAACGGGCUGUACACGGGGAUGUCGGACUACUUUUUAGCCGAUUCUCCGUCGCUAAUGGACCUUUCUCUGAAUGGCAACAGCAUCACCAAAAUAGCCCAUAACACCUUCAGCAGAUCCUCAUCGCUUAGAAGAAUCAGCCUCCACAAUAACGUCAUCUUGGAGAUUGAAGACGGAGCGUUUGAGUUCUUGAAUAAUUUGACUGAACUCGAUUUGUCCAAGAACUCGAUCACGUGCAUCACAGAUUUUAACCUUUGCAAUCUGAAAGUCCUCAACCUGAGCAAAAACAGCGUGGAGUUCUUCCGCAGCGCCACAUCGAUGGUCUUCUAUAAACUCACGCAUCUUGAUUUGAGUGAAAACAAAAUGCUCUACUUCCCUCUUCUCCCCAGAUACAACAUGAUUGAACAUAUUGAUGUUUCACGAAACCAUCUCCAGAGCAUCAACGUCACAGGAGGUCUUGAAAAGAGAACACAAGUUUAUUUCUAUUAUCUAAAAUACCUUGAUAUGAGUUACAACCAACUCAAAAGCAUUCCGGAGUCGUUCUUUCACUGUAUGGGAUCUCUGGAGGUGCUGAAUGUGAGCAAUAACUGCAUCAACUCGUUCUCUAUCACCAACCCAGGCCUCCUGCAGACGGUGAAGAUCAUCAACCUCAGUUUUAACUCUCUGCAGAGCCUGACAUUUGGGGAAAACACUCUGCCGUCGCUGGAAAAACUCUUCUUGCAAGGAAACGACCUCACCACCCUGGAUCAUGGAAUAUUUCAAAGACUACCCAGCAUCAAACACCUUCAUCUGCAGCAGAAUGAUCUGGAAAUCUGUUCCUCUGAGAAUGAACCCCAGGAUUGUGUCUCCUUUACUUCCAUACCGACCUUGCAAUUCCUGAAUUUGUCUGAGAACUAUUUAAGGGUUUUGCCUGCGAACGCGUUUGCCAACACCUCUUUGAAGUUACUGGAUUUGUCGCUAAAUCCUGGGCUAGAAAUUGACAAAGACUCCCUCUCUGGUUUGGAGCAUACCCUAAUCCACCUCCUUUUAAAAGAAAACAACAUUUCCAGUUUAAACACAGACUUGUCGUCGCUGAAGAGUCUCAAACACAUCGACUUAUCCACAAACCAGCUGACGAAUAUACCCGUGUGGAGCAAAGACUCGUCCAUAGAGUCGCUGAACCUGCAGAACAAUAACCUCGUGACGCUGAAGUACAGCUCCAUGCUCGCUCUGGAACAUUCCCUAAAAACUCUCUACAUGGGCUCCAACCCUUUGAGCUGCUGCAGCAACCUCGACUUCCUGCAGAUGGUGCAGCGUUCGGCCGUGGUCGUACCGGACAUCGAGACGGUCACCUGCGUUCACGAGGAGUAUUCAGAACCGGUGAACAUCGAGAAGGUGACGCUCGAAAUGUGCCACAUAUCGGGCGCGCAGAACUACGUUAUCGCUGUAGUGGUGAUAGUGUUGGUUCUGUUGAUCGCGAUGGCGUUGUUGGUUCGAUAUUGCCGGGCAAGGAAAAGAAAGGACAUCCUACGCUUUACCGCCUGAUGAAGUUGUUGGAUGAUGUUGGGGACUCUGUUGGUGGUUUUUAAUGAAGAGACCGUAGAAACACGUGAAUGUAUCUGCCCAAAGUCUUCUGAAGGGACAAUUUAAAGACUUGGCUUGGGCUCAUCACCACCAUCUUUGCCACUAAAGUGAAGGAUUUGAGACGGGACACACAUGAAGGAACCACGAUGGCUGAACGAGACACCUGUCAAUCAAGACAUCUUGUGACAUUAUAGAGAGGGGAAGUCCCGUCCCUUACAUUCGACCACCAUGGGACCUUAUUUCGGAAAGAUAUGUGUACGGUAAAAGCCAGAGAAAAAAGAUCUUUGCCUCCUGUUCGAGACCAGGAAUCAUGCUUAUUGGAAAAGAUAAUUUGACAGGUCAAGAAAAGUUUCAGUUUGUCAUUUAACUUUAGGUAUUAGAUGUAUCUAGAAAGACACAAAAGUUGCAUAAAUGUUGCAACCUACUAUCUCUUACUACGUAAGAUAACGUUAAAUCUUUUUUUAGAACAUAGCUAAGUUAGCUCAAAUGUAUGGUCAUCGGUAGUUGAAAGCAAUAGACAAUAAUACAUAAAUAAAAACUAAAAACGUGCGUAAAUACCAGGAUGUACCAGGAUGUACUCACGCACACUUGCUCCUUUUUUACCAUCCUGGAAAUACAUCACGUAAAAUAACGUAACUAUGCUACAUAGCUAAGCUACAUGGCAAGUUAGCAAGCUAUGUAAACUAAGCAAACUAAGACAACAACGCAACUUUCUUAACUUACAAAAUUAUCUCUUGUAAUUGACUAACUUUACAUGUGUGAUUCAUUGCAGAACUAACAGUCGAUGAAAUAAUGAUCUGUGUUUCUACCGUACAUGUUUUUUACGAAAUAAAGUCGUAUUGCACCAGAAGAGAUAUUUCUGAAAUGAAGACUACAGAAAAUCUUGGACUUUUAAAGGACUUUUAAACAGCUAGCAUUCCUUGAUCUGAUGUUCAUUUGAGGAACUGCAACUUUAAAGAUUUAUGACUGAAAUUCCCAGUUUGCUUAUCAAGCCACGUGCUAUCUAGCUUAAGUUUAUUGAAUGUGAAAAAAAAGAUUUACACACUACACUUCAACACUGUUCACCGUACCAUGAAAUGCUAAAGCAAUAGGAAUUAUUUGCUUUCUUGUUGAUUUAGAAGAUGUGUAUCUGAGAGGGGAUUUUGUCUGUAAGCUAAAGAUUAAGAAACACAAACACUACAACAGGUUGUGAAACAAAACACUAUUUUCACGUACAAGGAAGUAUGGUUUAAUGAAGUAUACAGUAUGUCACAAAGAGGUUGUAUAAAGCAAUCCAAGCCGUCCCUUCACCCUUUGUGUAGUUUGCACUUUAAAUGUUCUUCUUAUUUGUGUGUAUAUUGUGACUUUUAACACUAAGAAAUAUGUUGUUAUUUGACACCAAGCUGGACAUUUAAAACAUAUUUUAUGUAUUGAUCCCAGGCCUAUGGUAGUACAUCUAUUAAUUUGACAUGGCUAAGCACUGAAAUUAAAAUAACUGUGAUACUUGGAAGUAUAAUAGACAUAAUGUAUAUUUUUAGAAAACAAAUGAAGGUGAAAUCCAGCGCUGUGUGUAGUGGGCUACACUGGGAUCCACUAUUUCAUAACAUUUUAAUUUGCUUGUCGAGUUUAUUUGUCUCAUCCUGUGAUAUAAUGUAAGCAAUAUUUUGUAACACAUGAAGGCCAUUUUCUACUCUGUGUGAAACAAUAUGUGUGAUAAAAAACAUUUAAACCUC